CCAGGCGGCGGCGAGCACUCGGGAUAUAUUUUCGCCUUCAUGGAUCGGUUUGAAGAUAUAUCAGACGGUGAAGUGGACCAUUCUUUCUUUGACAGUGAUUUUGAAGAAGCAAAGAAAUGUGAAAGUAACUCAGUUUUCCACAAGCAAGAUGAUGACCCUGAAGAGAGAAUAGAUAAAGAUACAGAAAAUGUAAACUUGAAAACUGGAGUACAAACAAAGGAAAAUUAUCUUACUGAGAAGGGAAAUGAAAGAAAAGCAAAAGUCCCCCUAGAAGACCACCCAGUAGAGAAUGAUAUUGCACAAACCAGAAGUUCUUUAUCAUUGACAACUCCUUCAAGAUCAAAAAAAUUUUGUGAUGUUACAACAGGACAUAAAAUACAUAUUCCAAAUAGAAUCCCCAAAAUUGUAAGAGAAGGUGAAGAUGAUUACUAUACAGAUGGAGAGGAAAGCAGUGAUGAUGGGAAAAGGCUCCAUGCAAGGUCCAAGUCAGCUAAACUGUCUAAUAACUUUAAAAAAAUCAUUAGUAAAAAGUAUUCCAGAACUAGUUCCUCUUCCUCUUCUUUAUCUUCCUCGUCUUCAAGUUCAGAUACAGAUUGUUCAGCUGUAGGGUGUGAUAAUGGCAUAUCUGAUUCACAGCCAUCAUCAAAGAAACAUGUAUCUGGUGCAAUGCUCUUUUCACCAAAACAUAAAAAUAAGCCAGGAAUAAAAUCAACAGGAACACAACCUUCAAGUACUAAACCAAAAUUUGGUGGGUACACUGAGGAAUCUGAAGAUACUGUGACUGAUGUAACUCCUUUAUCAACGCCGGACAUCAGCCCUGUUCAGUCUUUUGAACUGGGUGCAUCAAAUGAUCAAAAAGUGAAAGUUAAAAAGCAAGAAAACGUGAGUCAAGAAGUAUAUGAAGAUGUUGAGGAUUUAAAAAAUAAUUCAAAAUAUUUGAAAUCAGCCAAAAGAGAGAAAGAAAAACAGGGGCCCAAUCUCCCCUCAAAGUCUUCAGUGUUAGAUUCCAAUUUAGACCCCCGCUGUAAACAAAAAGUCUUACAUGACACAAUGGACCUGAAUCAUCUUUUGAAAGCUUUUCUGCAAUUAGAUAAAAAGGAAUCACAAAAACAUCACUUUGAUCAGCCUUCAGUGGCACCUAGGAAAAACUAUUCUUUCACAAGAGAAGAGGUGAGACAGAUUGAUCGGGAAAAUCAGAGGCUGUUGAAAGAACUGUCAAGACAGGCUGAAAAACCAGGAAGCAAAAGUAUAGUUCCUGGAAGAUCAACUGGUCAUCCCCCUAAGUUGUAUCAUAGUGCUCUCAACAGACAAAGGGAACAGCAGAGGAUUGAGAGAGAAAAUUUGGCUUUACUGAAAAGGCUUGAAGCUGUGAAACCAACAGUUGGUAUGAAACGCUCAGAACAACUGAUGGACUACCAUCGCAACAUGGGUUAUCUCAACCCAUCGCCAAUGUCAAGACAAGUGAGAUCUGCUCUUGGCCAGUAUAGCCCAUUAAGAGGAGCCUCCAGGACAUCCAGUGCUACCAGUGGUCUCAGUUGUAAGAGUGAGCGAUCGGUUCUUGACACGUCCAGUGGACGCUUGCUAAGACCUAGACCCCCUCAUGUCCGUGCAGCUUGGUUAUAAAACCCUUUUUUACAUUGUUCAUCCAAUUUUUAUGGAAGUACUCUUGCAUAUUACUCUAGUUCUCUGUGUAAACAUUUAUAAUACUGUCUUAGAAUUUAAGAUGUACAACAGU